CGCCAAGUUUCCCUCUUCACCCACCUCGACCCAUCCAGGGGGAACAAGAGCCAGCACGUUUCCAACCCAAUUGAGCCGGUCGCUCAAAGACCUCACUCUCAUUACAAAUCACCGCAUGCGCCAUUCGUAGAACUUCGACAGACAAGCCUCUCAAAAUGAUACCCAGAGCGCCCGCCCGCCGUCUCCUCCGGGACCUCAUCCCCGCGCACCGCAUCGCGCCGCGACCCUUCCUCCGACCCUUCACAUCCACGCCCUCCUCCCGCCUCCAAGCCCAGCGCCCGCCGCCGCCGCCUCCCAUCACGCAGUCCCCUCUCCAAACCCAACAACAGCAGGCCGCCGCCAACGCCGCCCUCUCGAACCUAUCCCGCCUCACCCCGGCACAAAUCACAGCCCUCCUCUCGACGACACCACCGUCAACACUACCGGGAGGAGGAGUAGGAGGCAUACCCGGCGGCCCUCCCGGCUCACCUGCCGUCGGAGCAGCCCCCUCCGCCGCCGGCCCCUCCCGCCGCUCAAUCCUCCUCCGCCGCGCCCUCUGGGCCCUCUUCUUCUUCGCCCUAGGCUACAAGCUCACCGACGACCAAAUCGCCACAAUCCGCUUCACGGCCCCCUUUCUCUACCCGCCCGUCGAGGCAGACGAGCACCAGAUCCCCCUCUUCCGCGCCCACGCCACCUUCCAGGCCAUCGAAGACUACCCCAUCCUGCAGUCCCUCGUCCCCAGCAUGCCGCCCAACACCGACCCCGGCGCCGCGGGGAACCCGAUCCCCCAGCUCCCGACCUCGGACUGGGAGAACUGGGAACCCUACCGCGACUUCUCCCCCGAGCGGACGGCGCACCACCUCUGCGCGGGACCCGCGCUGAAUAACCCCAACGGACUGGGUCUGGUCAACAUUGUGUUCCGGCACAAGUACACGGGCGAACUCAUCCUCGCCAUCAUGUUCGGGCAGGGGACGUCGGGGUGGCCGUCCGUCGUGCACGGCGGGAUGUUGUCCACCAUCAUGGACGAGGCCAUGGGUCGGCUCGCGGCGCUGAAUUUCACGGCCAACACGGCCGUCACGGCGAAGCUGGCCAUGGAUUUCAAAGUCCCUGUGACGCCCGGGAUGCUGUACAUCGUUCGCGUGGGGAAGGCGCUGCCGGAGUGGCAGAAGGAGCGGCCCGACGAGGAGGAUAAGACGGAUCGCAAGCUGUGGAUUAUUGGGCGGAUGGAGGAUCCGGACGGGGCUACUGUCGUUGAGGCCAAGGGGCUUUUUGUAGUGCCCAAGGGGAUUGAGGUGCAGCCUCUUGGUGGGAGGUUUUAAGCUGGGGGGAUGGAUGGUAAUGUCAAACGUAGAGUUUGUUGUUUGACGAGGAGGAGGGUAUGGUAAGGGGGGAUAUCAACGUGCAUUCAGUGGCGUUGCAAAAAGGGAUAUAUGGCAUCUCAAUUGCCUCUGGCCCUGAAGCUGUGGCCGAGAAAAAGGGGGGGCC